UAACACCCAAGCAUACGCAUGCUGCACGCAGGGGAGCCAAGGUUAAACACACAUUUUUAUGAUUCUAAGGUUUUUACUCUAUACCCUGCCCUAUGUCUUCCCUGGGCAUAAUGUCCAUAUUUCACAAUUUAGAAGCUGACCCAGAAAUGAGUUUCAGGUGGGGCAGAAAAUUGUCAGAGAUUCUGGUUAGAAAGCACAGGUACAGUCAUAGGUGUCAUGGGCACCAUGCAUCUGUCCUCACACCCGAUGGCCAGAGGUGGAGGGAGACAUUCGAAUCUUCUCGUGAAAAAGGUCAGUGUGAAAGUCCCACGCUGACUGAUGCUGGGCUUCACCAACCACAUCCUGUGCGUCUCCCUGGCCGCUGGGCUCGGUCUCCACCCAGCUGCGCCACAUCAGCCCAGCAGAGCCUCAGCCAUGCCUCCUGCGUUCGCUGCCCUGCUCUUUCUUGGGCUGUUUCUGAGCCAGAGGAUCGGCACGCAGAAGCAGACUCUCUCGAAACCUGUCAUCUGGGCCAAACCCAGUUUCAUGGUUCCGAAGGGACAACCGGUGAUCAUCUGGUGUCAGGGAGCCCACGGGGCCAUUGAAUACCAGCUGUAUUUUGAGGGAGGCUUUUCUGCCUUAGAGAGACCAAAGCCAUCGAGAAUGACGAACAAAGUCAAGUUCCCCAUCCCGGCCAUGACCUCACACACCGCGGGGAUAUACAGGUGCUCCUACCGAAGUGGGGAGCUCUGGUCAGAGCCCAGUGACCCCCUGGAUCUGGUGGUAACAGGAAUGUAUGACACGCCCACCCUCUCAGUCCAGCCCAGGCCUGAGGUGGCCUCGGGAGAGAACGUGACCUUCUACUGCCAUCUGGCAACAGCGACAAACACGUUCUUUCUGCUCAAGGAGGGAACACCCAGGCGCCCACAGAGCAGAUACGGGAAUAUCCGGGCUGAGUUCCCUGUGGGCCCGGUGAGCGCAGCCCACAGAGGGACGUACAGAUGUUUUGGCUCCUAUAAUAACUACGCGUGGUCCUUCCCCAGUGAGCCUGUGGAGCUCCUGGUCAGAGGCGAUGUCGGGGAUACCAGCGCUGCACGCACAGAGCACACGUCUUCUCCUGACCCCUGGGACUCCUAUCUGUUAACCACAGAGACACCAUUCGAGAAAGAUCUCGCCCUCUGGGAUCACACUGCCCAGAAUCUCCUUCGGAUUGGCCUAGCUUUCCUGGUCCUGGUGGCCCUCGUGUGGCUCCUGGCUGAAGACUGGCUUCACAGGAAGAAGUCUCAGAAGAGAGCCAACAGGGUUUCAAGUCGGGAAUGCCGGAGAAGGUUCAGAGCACAGAGACCCCUGGAGAAACAGCCAAGAGAUGUAGUGGCCGCAGGCAAAGCCGACAGCCUACCCUGAAUGUGGGCUGUGGGAGCCCAGCGGAGGAGGGGUCGUCGCAGAAAACCGAGGCAGAACUGCACGGAGUUCGGCAGGAGUGGGUACGAAGAUGCUCAGUUUCCUCUGCAGACAAACCCCCUUGUCUCUUCUGGGCUCUCCGUAUUACCGCGCGGGCUCCCUGCAAGCCAGACGUUAACCGCUCUGGUCUUCCCCGAAAACACCUUAACAGCAUGGCCACGGGAAUCACUUCCUUCCGACUUUUGUCUUUAUCCGUUUCUUCUUUGCUUUCUCAGCAGAUGUGAUUCAAAAUAUUUAACAACCAGUACAGAAUAGGCAUUUAUCAAAUGGAACGGGAGCCAGAGAGGCAGGGACCAGGCAACAGAUGCAAUCAAACCGCACGGCCAUGAGACGUGUCCUGGCUGGAUUUCAGCCACGCCCUCCUUCCCUCUGUCCCGUGCGCCUGAAGGGUCUCAUCUUCCUCACCUCUUCAUCCACACCUUGCCUUGUUCCUUGGGUCUCUUAGUAAAUAUUAUCUCCUCCAAGAAAGUCUCCCAAACCCUCCGGCUUGACUGAAGACACUGCUCUUAUGCUCCCAAAGCACCUUGAAUUUCUCUCUGACAGCACUUGAACCCUAAUACUACAUUCAUAUCUAUUUUCCUGUAUCUACUGUGAACUCACGUGAAUUAAAUUUAUGUCAGAUUUAACGGCUGUGUUCAUAGUUCCCACUACUGAGAGAGUUCUCAGGAAAUAUAUGUUGGAUAAAUGGAUAUUUACAGGGCUGGAGUAGUGCUUGGAACGUGAGACUCCUGAGUAUGGCCCUUGAAAUGUUGGCUGGGCACCACAAACCCUUUCCUUUCUUUGAGUUUCUACUUGAUCAGUCCAUCAAUAUGCCCAUUAUGUGGGUCACCACCUCUCCUCAACAUUCCAAUACCUCAAACAGGUCAAACUCAUUCUAUGAAUCUGAGUUUUCUCUUAAAUAGCAGAGGAUAUUAACUCCAACCUCAAAGGGGUGACAUGAAGAUUUAAUGAGAUCAAGAAUAACCAGAAGCCAGCAUAAGCUCUGACAUACGUAAGUCACUCAGUGCAUGGUAACCAUCAUUAUUCCUGGUCCUACAGGCAAUGGAAAAUCUCACCAAUUAUUACCAGUGCCCCACUGCUGAAUUUCCUUCUUCCUGUUCUUCAUUUACGACGUGCUCUAAGGUCCAAGACUUUCUAGUUAAUGUUGAAUUAUAUUUUUCUAUAAUUCACUACUGUGAGUAGUGAG